AUGUCCGUUAUCGAAAACGAUGUUACAGAUCUUAGAUCAAGGUCUAUGCGGGACAAUAUCCUUAUUCAUAAUUAUCCUUACGAACCCAACGAGAACCUAACCACGUCGAUGCCAGUUACCUUUAAAGAACUUCUUGGGGUGGAUGUCAGUUUUGUAAGGAUUCAUAGGAAUGGGGCGCGUCCAGAAUAUAAUUCUGAUCGACCAGUAUCCAUUACUGCAAAGCUGACCGACCGUAGUAAAAUCAACACAAUUCUUAAUGCCCAAAAGCUAAAGAAAAUGGCUAAACAACCUUUGCCUUUCUUUAUCACUACACAGCAACCUGCAUCUAUUGUUUCCGCUAGAAACAAGGUGUACGAUACGGCAGAGUCUUUGAAAACUCAAAAUAUUACUGCUAAGAUUCAAAAGAACCAAGUAAUCUUACCCAACGGCGCCAGAUAUAAAGAGGAUGUUCCAUUUCUAACGAAUGCAGAUGCGUUAUUGGUAACAGCUGAAGAGACGGAACACCUAGACUCGGUUGAAAUAAAAAACUCGGAACCAAUCAAAAAGGACGGCUCGGAAUUUAUAGCUUUCGGUGCUCGAGUUAAAACUGUGGAUGCUGUGAAGAAUAUGUACAGCAAAGUUUUAAUAGAUCCCUACGCAGCCAGUGCCGAUAACCGAAUCUUGGUAUACAGAUUCGUCACAGAGGACGGUACCUUACAUGAAAAUUACCACGAUGAUUCCGAACAUGGUGCCGGGCGAAAGAUGUUGCGAUACAUGAGAGAAAAUAACAUUCAAAACGCCGCCUUCAUCAUCACAAGGUGGACGGGUGAUGCUUAUAUUGGACCUCAUAGAUUUUCAAUAAUGGAACAGUUGGUAAAUGAUGUCGCCAAUUCUUUGGAAAUGUGA